AUGGAUGUCAAACCGGUCUCUGAAGCCGAAGGAGUACCAUUGCUUUUAGACCCCAAUCUCUUUGGACUAUUCUCGAAAAGGACGCCGGCAGAUUUGGACACAACCUCAGACAAUAAAGAGCAGAAUGAACAGCAACCAGCAACAGAUCAUCUGAAACCACACUCAUCUUUAGUGAACAAUCCAUUUGAAACAUAUGAGAAAACGCCCCUAGAUCAACUUAUUCCUCUUAUCGUGAGAAGCCGUGGCCAGGGCUUUAAGUUUGCAGAUCUUUCAGAGCAGCUGUUACUAAACGAAAUUGAGCAAGAACAAGAAAGAAAUGGCAUAGAAACCCAUGUUUCGGACAAUGAUAACGAUAUAAAUAAAGAAUCGGAAGAAUCUUUGGACCAAAACGGUUUACCUUUGAAGCGUUCAACCCCGGAAGCGACCUUUGAGGCAAACGAUGAGCAUACGAUGUCAUUAGAAAAAUUUCAACAAUGCAAACGCAACACGAUCCAAUCGUUGGAUUUAGCAUUGAAUGAAUCAUCUUUAGCCUUGGAAUUUGUUUCGCUGAUGUUAUCAUCGGUCCGACCUUCAGCAGCGUCAGCGUCGAUGUCGCCGUAUUUAAAGAAAAACGUUCCGGCUGGCACUUUAAGCGGUGAGAAGGUACUCCUCAAUAGACCCUCUAGGGAAGAAACGCUACAGAAACAAGUCAUCAAUAAGGGCUGGAAACUUAGAAGUCUUGAGGAGGCUCGGUCUUUAUUGAAAGAGGUUUACUUGGAGUCAACUAAAACACUAGAAAAAGAGCGCAAACACUGGUCAGAGAUCUCUCAUUUCAUAUCCAAUAAAGACGUCGUUUUCAAAACGAGGGAUAAAGAUACAGGUGAAAGAUCCUUGGGCUUUAAAUACGGAUAUCGCGACUCAGGAUCCUCGUACAAAUUGGACCGAGGCAUCGCGGUAUUGAAACAUAAUGCGCUCCUAAGAAAGUUAGAGCUUGUACCAAUUGAAGAGAAUGCAAAAGCAGUACACAUUAAUCAGAAAAACCGUGAAAAGUUCCUACGUGUUCGUAUUUUCACCAAGUUGCAAGAAGAAGAUGACUACAUUCUGACGGGAGAAUCUGACCUUGAUAGUCUGCUUUUACCUGAAAAAGACGAAGAUGAAGAAGACGAUAUGAGGAUACAAAUCAAAAGGCUAAAGUUCUUCAUUUUCGAGCAGGAACUGAUGAAUCGAAUCCUGAAAGAGAGCGAACAACUAUUCUCCUACGGCGUGAGCAUUGAAAAUGAGAAUAAGGUAGUGAUUGAGUUCCCAACAGAGAAGAUGGAGGUAGAAUAUGUUCAAUUGAAUGAUGACAUUUUACUUAAUCAUCAGCAGGAUGCCCCCAAGACAAAUGACAAAAGAGCAAGACUUUUUCUUGUGAUGAUGCGACUUCUGCUUGUGGUAAUGUACAAAAAACAGCUGAAGGGUAACAUUCUGAGCGUACAACAAAGCGGCGCGGCGGCUACCAAAAAUACGAGGAGCUCCAAUGCUUCCAAAUUGUCUGAGCCUUUGAUCAUAAGACCUAUCUUGGGCAAAAUACGACAUAAUAGCUAUUUGUGUCUCUUAAAGAAGAUUAUCAAGGAUAGCGUGUUAGAUUCGGUGCUAGAAAAAGACCUAAGAAUAUCACCAAAGGCGAAGACCGCGGAAGACUUGUCCGCAUCAAAAAUUUUCGAUGAUCAUAUUUCUAAACUAAACAUGGAAAUUUACGCAUUCGAUGAGAUUUUGAGCGUUCCUGAAACAGAAAUUGUCGUCGAUCUAGCCAAAAACGGUCGGCUUCUACUGACACUGCAAAGUCCAAACUACUGCAACGCGAUAACAACGGUGAAAUACGUUGAUUCGUCCGAGAAUAUCCACUUUAACACCAGGUUCUCCGAUUUUAAGGAAUUGGAAGAGUUUCUGCAUUUCAUUGUCACCGAGUAUGUAAAUUGA